AUGUCGGAUCGGUAUGGCUCCGACUCGUUGACGACCCCCUUGGUCUCGUCGCGGACACUGCUCUCGGCCGCUGCUGCGACCGCGGCGUCGACGUCCAAAGCGGGUCGAAUCCCUCUCCCUUCUUCCUCCAGGUCUUCCUUGACGAGCGGUGAGGGAGGGGGUACAGGAUUCGCAAGAGACCGUGUGAUCAGAGGGGCUGAUGAUCUUUCUCGGCUGUGCGGUUGGUGCGUUCAUUUAGGCGAUCGGACGAGUGGGGCUUCAGCGAUCCCGAUGAGUGUCGCACGCAGGGCGCCACAGGCUAGACUGGGCGAUAUACUGGGUCAGUAGCUGCAUACAAGAUGGCUCAUAGUGCAAGAGACUAACGAUAGCUGAAGAAAUCAUCCUCCAUCAUCAGCAACCCCUUCGAUGGGCUCCAGACUCGCUCGACCUUCCUCCGCGUUGGGCUCGGCAGGUACGCCAUACCCCGUCCUCAUUCCGAUCGAGAGGGAACACUAACAUGAUGGUUUGAUUCGCCCCGAACAGAACGGUAUGGAGAUGCGCCCCCUUCGACAGCACGACGACUCGCUUCUCUCAAGCGCAGCUCCUCCAGCGCAGGGCUUUCCCAAGGUGAGUUAGCUGGACAUCGUUAGACAUCAAUGUCUUCUUCAUCGAACUAAACACCGUCUACGAUCACCGCCCACCCUUCACCAGAUCCGGACCAGAUCGCCUCGCUCAAACGCCAACUGCAUCGAUCCCAAUCCGAACUCGAGGAACUGCGUCUGCUGCACGCCCGCUUCGAGAUGGACACCACCACCGCCCAACGCAAGCUCGAGGUCCAACUCGAAGAACAAGCCGCCAAACUUGACAAGGCGACACGGGAGAAGGCCGUUUUGUUGGACUUGAAGAGGGAGCUCGAAGAGAAGACUUUCCAGAGUAAGAAUGAUCAGGAUCGGGGGAGGAGGGACGCCGAGGGUUUGGAGAGGCUGGCGAGGAAAGAGUUGGUCGAGGUGCAGAAUCAAUUGAGCGAGGUCGAGGCGGAUUUGAGGGAAAGGACGUUCGCGGAACGGCAGGCUAGGAGCAAGGUACAGGCCGCACUCGAUCACGAGCGAGCUUUGACGGCGGAGGUCGAACGGCUGCAGAGGGCUUUGGAAGAAAAAGAGGUUCGACUCGGAGAGGAGCGGAGAGCGAGGAUCAAAGCCGAGCAAGACGUCGAGACGAUCAAAGCCACGCGGUCGGGCACCGAAGAAUCUUUGGCGUCCGCUGCCGUCAUCAGGGAGGAGCUGCAUCGACAAGUCGCGCACAUGCAAGCGGUGGAGAAGGAGAACCAGAGGCUCGCUCGAAGACUAGAGGUCUUUGAGAAGCAGCAUGUCAACGUCGAGGUGGUAAAAGAAGCCAAUAGAACGUUGGAGCGGAGAGUCAAGGCGGUCGAUGAGUUGGUCAAGAAAGUUGCCGAGCAAGAAGUCGAGCUGGAAGGACUGAAGCGGGAAAAGUUGGACUGGUAAGCGUUCUUUGGCGCGCAUGCUCCAGACGAAGCCGAUGGCUAAUUCCUCACCAACUUGCAUCCUUAAGGUCUGCAUUUUUGACCCCGUCAGACACGUCAGAAUUCUCUUCUCCUCGCAAGAUCACACGAACCUUAGCAGCCACCCGGAUAGAAAAUGCCGCUUGUCGUCAAAAGGUUGAGCAGCACGCCUACGGACUUCAAUCGCGCGACUCGAUCAUCGGCGAACUCGAAAAGCGGGUCGCGGACUCGGAACAGCAAGUCGAAGAGGGCAAGAACGCCGUAAUGAGAGCCGAGGCGGCGUUUAAACAAGAACAAGGUCGAUCGCGGCUCCUACAGCGGGAAAUCGAUCUACUCAAGCGCCAUCUCGAUAGUUACAACACCGAGGAGGCAAUCCAGCAAGCUGGCAACUUUGAUGCCCAAAAGACCGCGCGGGUCCAAGAGCUCGAGCAGUUGCUGGAGGGUGUCAAAGCACAACUUGCCGAUACGACCGAGCAACUCAACCACUGGCAAGAAGUGGCGCAAAGUAAGGCGGCCGACGUCAAGGUCGAAGGGUCCACUACAACUGUGACGUCUUCAGCUCUGUCCAGCAACACACCUCUGAUGGAACAGCUCCGGGUGAACGAGGCUUUGCGCGAGGAGAUGGGUGAGCUCAAGAACUCGCACGAAUUGUUGGAGAAGGAGUUGGAAGCGCUCGAGAUGCAACUCGAUUCGUUUGAGCGCGAUCAUGGGAUCAAAGGCGCUUUCAACCCCGAGACGACGCGCGUGCUCGAGUACAGCGACAGUCCGGAUCGGAUGGAACAUGCGAUUAGGACGUCGACGCUCGAGUUGCUGAGGAACGAGAACAACGCAUUGGUGCAACGGAUAUCCGAGCUCUCCUCUGGGGGUCAAAAAUAUGGUGGUGACGCUCAAACGCUCGUUCCCGUCGAGUCCCUCAAAUCGGCCGAAGCGACGAUCGCCUCGCUCAAACUGAAGGUGCAGCAGAAGGAAACGAUGCUGAAGCGCAUUUCGUCGGCCAUGGCGGAAAAGACGGAAUCCCUUCGACUCGCCGUGCAAGACCUACUUGGCUUCCAACUCGCCUUCUUGGAAUCGGGGCGGAUCAGGAUCACGUCCCUGUACGCGCCGAGUAAGGAUCGUUCGUUGGCUUUCGACCCAUGGCCCGGUGGACCGAUGCCUUACAAGCCCGUCAGUGCGACGGACGAGAAGAUCAUGAAGAAUGAGGAGGUCAGGAGAAGCAUCGCGUUUUGGCUCGAUAAUAGAAGAUCGUUGCCCGGCUUCUUGGCGAGUUUGACGAUGACGUUGUAUGAAGAGUCGACGAGAGGGGCAUCGGGUGGGGUUGUGUACGGCUGA